AUGAACCCUUACCUGUUAAUCGUUCUGUUAACCAGCCUCGGACUAGGCACAGCCCUUACCCUCUCUAGCACCCAUUGACUCCUCGCCUGACUUGGGUUAGAAGUAGGCACCCUUGCUAUCCUCCCCCUAAUAGCCCAACCUCACCACCCCCGAGCCACCGAGGCCGCAACUAAAUAUUUCAUCGUUCAAGCCACUGCAGCAGCUACACUUCUUUUCGCUGCCAUCAACAACGCAUGACUCCAAGGACACUGAGACAUUCAACACAUAUCCCACCCCCUCUUCACUUCAAUAAUUACCUUAGCUCUCUUACUAAAACUAGGCCUAGCUCCUAUACACACAUGAAUGCCUGAAGUAAUCCAAGGAGUGAGCCUAAAUACAGGACUUAUCGUCUCUACAUGACAAAAAAUUGCCCCUUUCAUCCUUCUCCUACAAAUCAAACAAAUCCACCCACCCCUUUUAACCAUUAUUGGCCUAGCCUCUAUUCUCAUUGGGGGCUGAGGUGGCUUAAAUCAAACACAACUGCGGAAAAUCCUAGCCUACUCUUCAAUUGCCCACUUGGGGUGAAUAGUACUAAUUUUACAACACUCUACUGCGCUCGCUACCUUCGCUCUACUUAUUUACAUCUUCAUAACCUCAGCAACAUUCAUUACUCUUAAGAAAUGUAAAGCCACUACCAUCAAUAUGUUAACAACCACCUGAACAAAAGCUCCUACCAUUACUUUAGUUGCCCCCCUUAUACUCCUAUCUCUAGGAGGACUUCCCCCCCUCUCCGGCUUCGCACCAAAAUGAUUUAUUCUUCAAGAGCUCACUCAACAAAACUUUAUUCCUCACGCCUCUAUUGCUGCCCUAGCAGCCCUUCUUAGCCUUUACUACUACCUCCGCCUCUCUUACUCAAUUACCCUUUCCCUCUCCCCAAACAACCUGCCAGAGUGCCUGCAAUGACGAGUAAAUUACCCUAUCUCCACCCCUCUUUCCUCCGCCCUCCCUGCCGCCCUAGCUUUAACCCUCUUUUUAUUACCACUAACCCCUUCAGCCCUAACCUUAAUCAUUUA